AUGCGGAUCAUGCAACUACCAACCCAUAGUGAGGAUGACCUCCGACGGCACCAGAGGCGAAUGCAUGAUCAGAGGCCAAGUGACAAUCGCCGGGUACGGCCGUACACGGCAGGGCGUGAAAACCCAAGAUAUGCAGCGAGUAGGCGGGAGCCGGAGGACAAGAGAGUAAGGGGAAGAGGAAGCGAGGAGACGCGUGCAGAGGUGAGUCGCCCAUCUCCUGAGGUCAAGAUUACCGCGACCCCUUCAAUGACGGCCCCAUCCACGCCCCCACAACAGAUGGUGAAUGAAAGAUUUCUGCAAAUACAUCCCUCCCCUUCUGCCAUGUCGGUCGAGCUCAACAAAUUUGAGCCGGGUCCAACCCUCACCACUGCCGAGCUAAUGGAUCUAAUGGAAAGCUUAAAAACGCCUAGUCCCCCGUCCAGAAGAAGCAGCCCAACAAGAGGAGUUCCCUCUCCCCUCCCCCCAGAUCAGCCAAUAGAAGUGUCAGCCACUCCGGCGUCACCCGUGAGUAAGUGGGUGGACGCCAUUGAAGAGCGAAUCACCGAGCUUUUGCCGCCACCACCCUCAGCUGAGAAGAAACCGAGAGAAGAUGGAGAUGCAACCACUAUCGCGGCCCCACUAGCCCCAGCAGCUGAACAUGCUGAAGAAAUCGUCCCAAGACCCCCGAUCACCCCUGCAACAUCCUUGACCACCGAGGCGGCCGAGAUCACCGCCAGACCCCCGACUGCGGCCCCUGAAGUCCCUCCUAGCCUGCCCCCCCCCCCCCAUGACCCGCGGUUUGUACGAAGUCGUCGGCCGUCGUCCGCCCCUAAGACAACCGCGGGAGCUGAAGUGGAGUGGAUGAGACUUCAAGCCCGCGCUGAUCCAAACGCCGUAAGACGAAGGGAAGACACCCUUCAUCCCAUCGAUUUCGGGUUGACAGUGCGCCUUGUGACGGAGACGGCUACCUUCCCAGACGGACGUGAAUUUUCUACAAGCUUCACAGAAUACACCCUGCCCUCCCAGCCGAAGACCCCAAGAGCCUGGACCCGGGAUCACGAGUUGUAA